AGACCGGUGAGGUAAACGCAGAUCUCAGAGGGGAAAGCCGAGCACAAGCGAAUGAAGAAAAUGGCGAUCACGCAGGAUGUAUGCUUACCCUCGUAGAUGCUGCAAACGCGUUGAAUUUCUUUAGCCUUACAGUCGGCUUUCCUUUCCACUCUGUUGCACUUUAUUCUUCAAAGAGAGAUUUGGAAUCGAAAGCUGUUGCCACCAAAGAAACUGAAGCAUCUUAACAGGGAACGCACCCAGAGAGGGAAGAACGGUGGAUGGAAGAGCGGGAGAGACGGAGAGUUUGAAAAGGAAGGAAUCCAGUGAGAUAAAGGACUGGACAGAAGUGCCAGAGCAUACCUGGUCAAGACAAAGACCUUAAUCACAACCACAGCCCUCUACACCCCUUCCCCAUCCAUACACACACCCACACACACAAAGUCCCUAGCAAUGCCAAGGGGGGCUGAUCAGCCUGCUGCCUGCUCUGACAAGCUCUGCCUCCUCACCCCACACCCUUGAGGCUGCGCUUAACCAAGCUUUGACCGCUGACCUCCCCGUUGUCGACCUGGGAACCAAAGGUCGCCUGUUCUCCGCCGAAGUCGGGGACGCCCUCCUGUCCAGCCAGGAGCUGCAGCCACCAGUGGCACUCAAAGGCAUGGCUCCCAUUCGGGAUUCCGUCAGCCAUUCCCCUAAUCAAACAGGUUUGGAGCAUCCUGGCUUGGAUUCCCAGUAUGAGCCUUCCUCCUGGUCCUCUGGCUCCCCGUGCAGCAGUGAUGGUAACAGCAACUGGAGCAAAGUCCUAGGUGACGGGAGUUCCGACAAAUCCAAUAACACCUGUUCACCCAGCUCCUCUGUCUGGCCUCCCUCCUCCUCUUCAUUUUCUUGCUCCUCAUCCUCCUCUGGCUGUGGUUCAGGGUCCGAUCCGGAGUUGGCAUCAGAAUGCAUGGAUGCAGAUUCUAACUCUUCAGUCGGUUCAGAGAAGAACCUCGGCCUUGCUGCAACUACAGUAAUGAUGAUGUCAGCCAACACUUCUUCCUCCGUGUCCUCAACAGCUUCUUCCCCCUCCUCCCUGACAUCCACCAUGAUGGUUGGGGUCGGCGUGAACGGAGACAGCAACAUUUGUCAGGUCGGAGGCAUCGGAACCUUAAGCAACGCAAAUAAUGAAAACAAUAUCACCGGAUCCUCACACUACUCCAUGGCUGGGUCCAGCAGUAUUGGCAGCAAUAAUAUGAGUAACCACAACAACAAGCUAUUUGGCAGCAGUGGUGUAUGGGGCUCCCAGUCAGGCAGCAACAUGAACACCAUCGGUGGAAGCAACUCUUAUAUAAAUGGAGGGUCAAACCCAAACAUUUUAAACCCAAAUGCCAACCACGGUGCCUGGCCACAGAAUCCAACCCCAAACCCGGUGUGCCAGGGCCAAAGGCCUCCACCGGCUCUGGGGAUGACUUCCAAACUGGGUGUGGUUCCUCACCAGGGGCCCUUAAUGGCCUGGGGGGGCAUGGCAGCUCCAGACAGCAGCAGUAUGAUGGAAGACACUGAGGUGAAUAAUGGUACAUCGAGCAGCAAGGUGUUAGGAGGCAGCAACAGUGGCAAUGGUGGUCUGUUGCCUGGCAACCUUAACACUGAACCCAAUGGACCAAAUAACACUAUCAUGACGAAUACUACUACUACUAACGCCACAGUGACCUCUAGUCCACCAGACUCUACCACCUCACCCCUGCUCAGCGGGGAGCGUACCUGGGGCUCCAUUGGAGGAGGAAAUGGGGGGCCGCUGGCCAAUGGAAGCCCCUCAUUAGCUUCCCAGCACCCUCAAGGAGAAUCAGGGGGUACUGGGGCUUUUGGUACGCCUUGGGGCGCAGCUACCUACCAUGUAGACAAAAGCCCCCUUAAUGUAGACACUGUGAACUCCCAGAACUCCUCUAUUGCUGCUUUUAAGAGUAAUAAUAACCACAAUAACACUGGGGCCCCACGGUCGGACCAAGGGCCCACCAACACCGUGAACCAGCCUCAAAGUAACUUGUCCUGGAGCAUUGGCCCUAAUCAAAUCCCAAGCUCUACAGGCCAAGCUCCUGGAAGUGGAAACCAAACUACUGUGGGCCCUCCAGUAGGGAUCCCUCGCCCGUGGGGGAGCAGCGCAUCCUCCUCUUCUUCGUCAUCGUCUUCUUCCACCUCAAACAGCAAAAUGUCAAACGGAGAAUGGGGAUCGGCGACGACUGGUAACAGUUCUGACGCAGGAAUUCAGAAAGGAAGUUCUACCAACAAUGGGUGGAAGAGCCUCGAGGAUGACGCUAUGGGUAUGGGAGGAGCAGGCGCUGGGAGUCAGGGCCUGGGAGGUGUCACUGGAAGCUGGGGCCGCUCCGGUGGAAGCGAAGGAAGUUGUGAAAGCGGCGGAGGUCGAUCCAGCUCAGACAGAGACUCUAAAGGAGGAAACCGCAGGAAAGGCAACAAUACCCCGUUGAUGACGCCAGCCAUAACCCGGGCCGAUGUGGACCCGAGGGUUCUUUCCAACACUGGAUGGGGACAAACGCCCAUACGGCAGAACACCGCUUGGGACGUCAAUUCUCCUAUGGUCAAUCAUGGUCCUAAAGGGGAUGAAAGAAAGCAGAGCAGUGGGGGUUCCAGUUGGGGCACAACAACAACGGCAGCUCCCUCCCAGACCUCUGGAGGUUGGGGGGUUGGGCCAAGCAGCUCAGGCCCUGAUAGUGGAGGCUCUGGCUGGGGUGAGCAGAAACAAUCAUCAGGUUGGGACAGUAAAGGAGGAGGUGGCUGGGAUGAUGGAUCCAGUUACAAGGGUGGUAACAGCAGCAACACCUGGAACAACAACGUUAAAGACGACAGGUCAAUGACAUGGACUAAUACACCCAAAGCGCAGCAGAGCUGGGGGUCCAACAGUGGAAACGGUAGUGAAGGAUGGGGUAGCGGUGUCGACAGCACCAGAACAGGAGUCAGCAACCACUGGGGGGAACCUCAGAAGGGCGCCGGCUCAGUGGGCUGGGACAGCGACAGUGACCGCUCCGGCUCCGGAUGUUGGAGCGAGCCAAGCCGGACCAGCAGCAACAGCACCUGGGUAGGCAGCGGAGGAUCGAAUACUCCUGACCAGAGCACUCCAAACCCCAGCUCCAACUGGGGAGACCCGGUCCACAAGCCCAACCAAGGCUGGGGUGAGCCAGGGAAGAACAACCAUGGAGCUCAGAACUGGGGGGAAGCCAACACUAAACCUUCUAAUGAAUGGAGUAAAGGUCCUGAAUCCAGCAUGUCCCGAGGCAACCAGGGUUCCAGCAAACCCACAGGCUGGCUUGGUGGCCCAAUGCCUGCUGUUGGCCAGAAGGAGAACGUUGCAACUGGGUGGGAGGAACCUUCUCCAGAGUCCAUCCGUCGGAGGAUGGAGAUCGAUGACGGAACUGCUGCCUGGGGAGAUCCUGGUAAGUACAGCGGAGGCGCUGUCAACAUGUGGAACAGGACCACUCAGUCGGAUCCGGAGCCCAUGGCCCCACCCUCUCAGAAUAAACCCCACCCAGCACACUGCUCAAUGCCGCCUGUGCAGCACGUCAACCAGGACAAAGCCUCCAUUUCAAGUUGGGGGGAGCCCUACUCUCAGCAGAAGGAGUCUUCCUCAUGGGGGGAACGUUCAGCUGGUCCACCUGUGACGGUGGACAACGGGACAUCUGCCUGGGGGAAGCCCAUGGACACCAGCGCUGGCUGGGACGAACCCAACAAGGACGUCAGAGAAUCUGGGUCAGGAUGGGGCAAUCAGCACAAGUCUGGUCCCAAGCCUAUGGAGACAUGGGGUAGUGAGGACGUGUCCAUGAGCAACAGCUGGGACCAGGAAGAGGAGGUUGAGAUUGGGAUGUGGACCAAUAACCAACAGGACAACCGGUCUCAUGACCAGAACACGUGGAACUACAAGCAAAAAGGCCCCAACAAGAUGAACAAACCAGUCAACAAACAAGACGAUCCUUGGAAACCUUUUAUCAACCAGUUCAACAGCAUGUCUUUCUCUAGAGACUCUCCUGAUGAGUCCAUGAAGCCAGGAUCAGGCAUGGGGACGGACAAACGUAUGGACAUGAACAGCCUGGGGGACUACAGCGGCGUCAUGGGGAAGAACACAGUUUCUCGACACCAGUAUCACAAGGACUCUGUCGUAGAUCGUCCUUACUUUGACAAGCUUUCCGCUUAUGAUAGCCCUGCUUCUGAUGAGCUCUCCUCCAAUCAAAGCAUGAGCCUUUCCCCUAGCAAUUCUGCUCAGCCUAUCCCCUGUUUCAACUCCGGGCCAUCCCCUUCCCACUCUAGUUCUGGGGCCGCUCCGCAGAAUGUAAAUCCCAUGUUGGGUGGCAGCAGCGUAGCACAGGGCCGAGGAGGCCCCCAGUCCCAACCCCCACCUCAACCCAAUCUUCGCAACCAAGUGCCUCCAACCAUCCUUCCCUCUCAGGUUCCUCCCUCUCUGCUGAAGUACCCAGGAGCCAACAGUGGUUUGAACCCUCUAUUUGGUCAGCAGGUGGCUGUGCUCAACCAACUCUCCCAGCUCAACCAGUUGACACAGCUCAACCAGAUCAGCCAGUUACAGCGUCUUCUCUUUCAGCAUCAGCAACAGCAAAAGGUUCAAAGCCAGAGGGCCAUGCUCGUGGGUCGUCAGACCGAACAGACACGUCCCAUUGGUUCGUCUCCAUCAAUGAUGCCGCCUCCACGGCAACACAAACCGUACCCCGACAGCUACUUGUCCCAAAACACCCCAGACCUGCAGAAGGACGCUUCCUCCAUCGGGUCCUUCAGCAACUUCUCCUUUGGCUUGAACUCUAACCAGAAUGUAACCCUGGACAUGGGUGUUGGGGGUGGAAGCAGCAGUGGCGGAGGAGCUGUGAAUUACAAAGACCUGCCCCAGUCCAGACUGAAGAAACUUUGGGCUGCUGACCCCCUGGAGCAGAACAGCAAACCUGGUGCUAUGUCGUCUGGACUCCGUCUGGACGACUCUCCUUUCUAUGAUUUUCUGUCUCCCGGCCCGUCUCCCCUGAGUCCUCCUGGUCAAUCAAUGGGCUCUGUGGGCGAUGGCUGGCCACCCCGUGCCAACUCCCCUCCUCCCCAUGGAAAUACUGUCACCUGGCCCCCAGAGUUCCGGCCCGGGGAGCCUUGGAAAGGUUACCCCAACAUCGACCCUGAGACUGACCCUUAUGUGACCCCUGGAAGUGUCAUCAACAACCUUUCCAUCAACACCGUCCGUGACACAGACCUCCUCAGGGACAGGAACAACGGGCCAUCCUCAUCACUGAACACCACGAUGCCUUCUAACAGUGCCUGGUCAUCCAUUCGUGCCUCCAGCCACAGCGGUUCCCUCACCAGUACAGCACAAAGCACUUCAGCUAGACCCAGUGAGUCAAAGUGGUCUCCUGGCGGCGGUUCUGUGUCCAACUCCUCUUUAGCCCAUGAGCUUUGGAAAGUCCCCCUGUCUCCUAAGCCGCUGCCAGUAGCAGCCCCCUCCAGACCACCGCCUGGCCUCACUAGCCAGAAGCCCAGCCCCGCCUCCUCCGGCUGGGACGGCUCUGCCCUGAGGCUGGGGGGCUGGAGCUCCUCCGAGUCCAGAUACACACCCGGCUCCAGUUGGGGUGACAGCAGCAGCAGCUCAGGGAGAACCCAGUGGCUUGUUCUGAAAAAUCUCACACCUCAGAUUGACGGCUCUACGCUGAGGACUCUGUGCAUGCAGCAUGGCCCUCUGAUCACAUUCCACCUCAACCUGCCACAUGGCAACGCCGUGGUUUGCUACAGCUCAAAGGAUGAAGCCGCCAAGGCCCAGAAGAGCCUGCACAUGUGUGUUUUGGGGAACACUACUAUACUGGCUGAGUUCGCCAGCGAGGAGGAAAUCAGCCGCUUCUUUGCACAAGGGCAGUCACUGGCCACGCCCUCCUCUGGCUGGCAGGCCAUGGGUUCCUCUCAAAGCCGAAUGGAUCAGUCUCACCCCUUCCCCAGCCGCACCUCUGAACCCAACCAGUGGAACAGCGGCGACCUGCACAGAUCCUCUCUGUGGGGCGGGCCCAACUACUCCAGUAGCCUGUGGGGGAACCCCAGCGCCACUGAGCCGGGGCGGAUCAGCAGCCCCUCUCCAAUCAGCUCCUUCCUCCCGGUGGACCACCUGACGGGGGGCGGGGACUCCAUGUGAAGCGCCAGACGGGGAGCCGGGAGACGGGUCAGUAGAGAAUAGUCAAUAAUCAGCUGAAGAAAACGGCAAGAAGAGUAGUUCUAAACGCAACCGCACUAGUUGGGACUCUUUCUCACUUACAAGAUAUUCAACAAAACGGGGGGCCGUGGUGUCUCCCCCUGUGGAAUACAAGUUACGUUUCUCUUUCUGCACAUAUGUCCACUUUGUUUUAGCCCAAAAACAUAUCAGUCGGAAUACUUGAAUCAUGCAGGCCAAUUCUAUAAUGUGAACGGAUGGAUAUUUGCUUCCAGGUAGUGCUCUUUCAGACCGAAAAAAGCUUCAGUCAAGUUCAUUAUUAUUAUUAUUAUUAUAUAUUUUGUUUCAUUCGUCAUGUCAUUUGAAUUCCAAUUCUUUUAUUUUCAACAUUUUUUUUUCUUCUUUUUUUUUGGCGUUUUGUUUGACAAUGUUGGAGUAUGAGCUUUUUUAACUUUGCACUGAAUGUGGUUUUUUUCUCAGUAUAUAUAUAAUCUGCAAUAUAGAGGGAGCAGCCAGUUUUUUCCAGUGUAGCUGUUUACUCAUUGAGGUCCUUAUUGUACGUGUGUGCGCGAGUACUUUGUGUGUAUGUGAUUGCAUUGUGAAUGAGUAUAUGUGCGCUCCUCUCUGCCUUGGCACGCCUACCUUACUGGUUGUUGUGGAGUUCAAGAUCAACAGAUAAGUUCAAGAAUAAAGCCUGACUUAGGAUGAUUAUCUGGUGAUAGAAAGAAAGGAAUAAAAAAAAUAGAAAAGAAUAAGUGACAUUUAAAAGUAUUGCACCAAUUUUUGUUUUAAAACUAAAGAAAGUUGAGCUCUGCAGUGCAAAGGACUGUAGCCGCAGCUGGGACUAGCAAGCCUCUCCCGCGCUGAGAAAGUGGGCGGGGCCUAUCUAGCAAGCCCUCCCGGUCGCCCCCUAGCGGGGCGGGGAGGGAACAGCACUUUCAGAAUAGGCUUUCAAUGUUUUUUUUUUUUGGAGGUGCCACACUGCAACCUCUUGUUUACAAGACUUAGGAGGCAGAACGUGUGUCCAUUCUUCAUUUUAAAGAGAAGAUAAACUAAAAUAAAAGUUAAAACAAAAAAAAUUAAAAACUGAAAAAAAGUAUAUAUAAAAAUUAUAAAAAGAAACAGAAAAAAACAAACAAAAAAACAAUUGAGGAUGAAGACGAUGCGUUGUAACUCUGGGAAUUCGGAUCAGUGUUUUUUUUUUUUUUUUUUUCUGGCCAUGGUGUUGGUUAUUUAAAAUAUUCCUCUUCUUGUCUGCUAAAUAACCAGCAAUGGUUCUCAGGAAAUUAAGCCAGUUUCUCCCUCGCCCCUUGUAGUUGAAUUUAAAAACAAAAACAAACAAAAAAAAACUACUACUACUCCUCGUAGGAAAGGAAAAUCCAACAUCUAGCACUGAAAACUAUGUAAAGGUCUUUUUUUUUUCCUUCUAAUUUUUUUUUUCCUCUGCCAAAUAACUGCUUUAAGGCUGGAGAAGCUCACACACUGCUUUCAAGAUGCUUUUUUUUUUUGAGGGAGGAGGAGCGUUCCCGAUAAAGACGGUGGGAAGGACGGAGGAGGGACUGUACAUCAUCCCAGCGCUCCCUCUCUUCCUCCAUCCCUCCCUCCUCGUCCUCCACUCCAUUGUUGUAGAAACUUUGGGGACUGUUUUUAAUGUGAGUGUAAAAUGUCUCGUCACUUAUAGUAAUAAUAAAAUGUAAAAAAAACCAAGAGAAAAGGCGAAAUCUGUAUCUAUGCAUACUGUAGCCUCUCGUAUUCACAAGGCCUGCCGAGAGGAUUUUUUUUUUUCAUUUUUGUUCCCCGUCUCUCUCAAAAAACAAAGUUUGAAAUGUUUCAUUAAGUACGACUACAUGCGUUUUUGUUUAUUUUUUGUUGUUGUUGUUUUGUUCUGUCGCUUAUAAUCAUUGCCACAACUGUGUUUUGAAAAGGUAUAUAACAACAAAAAGAGUUAAAAAAAAUAUUUGGUUGAAGAUAUUUUAACAGUGCAAAAGUCGUCCACAUUUCAUUGCCUUGAUCCUAAAUGUGUCCGAAGAUGCAACAAGUCAAGUGGCUUCUACCUGUUUACAAAUAGAAUAUGAUUGUAUUGUUGUACUGUUUUUAUUUUCUUUCUUUCUUUCUUUCUUUUUUUUUUUUUUUGGUUUGUUGGUUUUCUCUUCCCAUCCUCUGGGUCUGGGAAGGGUGGGGUACUCAUCUGAAGUCUCUGACGUCAUGAAUUUGUGUGUGUGUGUGUGUGUGUGAGAAAGCUAGAGAACAGUGUGAAUGUAACUGUUGGAUUUCAAAAGAAAUACCUGCGUGAACAUUAAAUUUACCUAUACACCAGUGAUUGUUGAGUUACUAUGAUGCACAAUUUUUAGCGCGACAAGGCGAAAAGCUUCAGAGCACGUUGGACGAGAGAUCAGCAUUAGCGAAGCCAUGGACCUUAAUUUUCUUUCACCGUGUUAUUUUCACUUUUCUCUUCCCGUGUUCAGCCUGCUAGGCGUGUGUGUUGGCGCGCACACAUUAACAUCCCCCCUCCAACACCGAUACAGAGUUUUUAUUUCAGGAGUUCUACAAACUUUUCGGCUUUAGUUGUGUGUUUUUUUUUUUUUUUUGUUAAGUUUCACCGUGAAUAUUUACAAUAAACGACUCUAAGGCGUAUGUAGUGAAUAAACCUCAAGUAUUAGCCAGACUUGACAGUGGUGUGUGCCAGUAUUGAAUGCUCUCUACCAAAUAAUUCAAUCAAACAAAAAAAAAGGAUUAGUUUACUUAAUUCCACAUCUCUUUGCUUAAACUAUAAAUAUAUAUAUAUAAAUAUAUAUCUUAUUUGUGUUUUUGUCUUGUUGAAGUUAUCAAAUGGAACAUCAGAACUGUGUUUUUAGGGGUUUUUUUUCUUUGAUUUUCUUUAACUUGAGUUGACAGAAUGAACUGAGGAGCCUUGGAUUUUGCACUUGGGCGGAUUGGAGGAAACACCGGAGUCGGGUCAGGGUCGUACGGGCGGGGCGAGGAUUUUGUUUAGCGACAGGGUAACUAUUGUGUGUCGUGAGCUGCGGUGCUUAGGUUUUGUUUUUGUUUUUUGUUUUUGUUUUUUUCCUCGCCUCGUAUUGUAGCGGAAACGGUUUAAAAAAAAAAAAAGACUCAUGCUUUUCAGGCUCCGAUUUGACCCAUUCGGCAUCUUCAGCCAUGUCGCCACCGCAUGGGACAGACCAGGAACUGCAGCUGCUGCUGCUGGUUUGUUGUUUUUGGGGCGGGGGGUUAAGAAGCAGGGGGGAUGCUCUGACCAGGCCUUGCGAUUUUGGCGGGAGAUUCUCAUGACUGAAAAUAGCUGUUUUAUUUUGUUUGUUGUUUUUUUUUGUAGCCCCUUUGUGACUCAGGCAAGAGGAUGUGACUUAUAAGGCUAGUUUUCAGGGACACACAGGGUUCCGCUCGCUUCCUUGCUGGCUUAUCUUGAAUCGUCUCUCCCGCAUCCAAACCCUAACCUCAAUUACAGGGGAGAAGAUCCAAAAGAAAAGAAAAAGAAACUGACGUGAGAAUAUGGAACAAGUCGACCACAAUCUGUCCAUAUUCCCUUUCUGCUCGUUUAAAAGGACUUUGUUCAUUCUGAUUUAUUUGGGGGGGUGCGGGGGGUCAUUUUCUUUUUAGCGAUGCAUUUUCCUGCGCUGAUGUAAAGGUGGUUUUGUCCUGCUUUAGUAUCCUUACCUUAAACGUUAGUGGGACGAUCACUGAGCUCUGAGCAGCCCCGGAGGUGGCAUCGCUAGCGCUGUUAGAGAAGGGACAAGCAACGUCUGUAAAACGCCUCUCAGUAAUAAUAUUGUUUUUUUUUGGGGGGGGGGGGGGGUCUUUUUUUUGUUCCCAGCAGAAUUGUGCUAUCUUUCUGUCUUGUUCAAUCUACUGUUGGUGUGUGUGUGUGUGUGUGUGUGUGUGUGUGUGUGUGUGUGUGUGUGUGUGUGUGUGUGAGAGAGAGAGAGAGAGAGAGAGAGAGAGAGAGAGUGAACUUAUGCCAAAUCGAGGAGGGAGGGUCGUUAGGGAAGGAAAGGGAUUGGAAUUUUUUUUUUUUUCUUUUUUUUUUAAAGCUGUAUGUGUGCAUAUGUGUAUUUAAAAAGCUGGACAAUGUUAAAUGCUUGAAGAAAAAAAAAUACAUUUGCAAAAAGAUGACAUGAGGAAAACCACCAUGAGCAAUGUACAAUCCCCAAAAAGCUGCCAAGCAGCUUGACGACAGGAAAGAAGGAAAGAGAUUGGCAGGAGAGGAGGGAGGGUCGCUGGUGAUACUCUACUACUUUUUUUUUACAUAUAUAUAUAUUUAAAGUACAAAUAAUGUGACUUGUGUUUUUUUCUCUUAACUAUCCUGUGACUAAAAUGCUAUAUAAUAUCAUAACACACACCCAACGGCUCCUACGGUCGAUCAAAAGUGCUAAGGCUUUUUUUUUUUAAAGAAAAUCAAAAACUGUGAGAAUCUGCUGUCUUUUGUUUUCCACUUAGUAUGACCACACAUGUACAAACCCUGAAAAGCUUUAGUCUAACCAGCACAAAGAUGUGGGUCGGGGGUGGGUGGGAUUUUUUACUUUUUUUUUUUUUUUAUUUUCCCCCUUUUCUUUCUCGGGGUCGGGUGUUUCUCAGAGACUAUGCAGUGGAGUAUUGAACCCAGGCUUCCACGUCCACCUUGGGUUUUCUGUUCUCUUAAAUUAUAUGGAAAAAAAAAUCCCUUUGUAGAAACGAAGCUUGAGAUGGGAUUCCCAAUAACGUUCCUUAAACAUGUGCCAUCUUUGAAUUGUAAUGCUUCUAAUAAUCUUUAAAAAAAGAAAACACACACACAAAAAAAACCCUGAUGAACCUUUAUUACCUAGCAGGGCCAGUUGUAGCAGGAGAGGACAGGUUAAGAUUUGCAAAGUCCAUUUAUUUUCCCAGCUUGGCCGGUGAAACUGCAAAUUUUACACAACUACAAUGUUUUUUAUAGAGAUUCUAUCAGUCCACAGUGUGUAGUUGGCUCACCUUCAAACCUAUUAUGCACAUUGCUUUGGGGAGACUGUUGAAACUAUACAUUAUAUAUAAAUAUGAGAAUAUAAGCGUAAUGUCUAUAAUCAUUGAGAGGAUGCCGGUCCUUUCCAGCAAACAGAACAGGAAGUACCUUUUGCUUUCAUUUUCCAAAUGUCUUCCUCAGCUCAAAGGAUUUUAUCUUAACUUCUGUGGAAUCUGCACUUUUUGAAGGACAAUCUUUAUUUGUAUGGGUAUAAAUUGACAAAAAAAAAAAACAUUUUUAAAAAAAUGUAAAAAAUGAAGUCGCCUGAUAUUACAUGGUAUAGAAAACCAACUCCAGUGUGCUCUAAUAAUGAAUGUCUCCUCUGAUGCUGUCUAUAUGUUUGGGUUCAUUUAAUCUUUUUAUCCUUUUUUUUUUUGUUGCUUGGUUUGUUCUGUAUUUUUUUUUCCCUCUUUAAUUUUCUGGAUUUUAGUACUCUUAGGAGAAUCUGUAUUAAGGUGUAGAGUAGUAGUUAGUAGGUCUUCUGUUGGCUGUACUCGUAUUACUGAUUACUGUUUGUAACCCUCUGGCUCCUGCAGCCAGCAUACAAAGCUGUAUAACUUGGGUACAACCCUCAAUAAAAGACUAACAGUGACAAAACG